AUGUCACAUAAUGCUAUAUUGAAAUGGAUUGGAUAUUUGGUCAGUGUGCCAGAAGGUACCACUUUAAAAGAUUUAAGUGAUGGUAGAAUUUUAACUAAUUUGCUUAAUAAAUUGAAUCCAGAAGUUUACCCUCAAAAAGUUUAAUCUUCUCCUUAAAAAAAUUUCCAAAUGGAUAUGUUGUGUGUAACGAACUUGGUUUAAAAUUUGAAAUAAUCAAUUCCCAAUUUGCCUGAGAUUAACAGUUUAUUGAUUGCAAAACACUAAGAUACUGCUGAAAUCAUUAAGUUGAUUUCAAUAAUAAUCAAAAUUAUGAUUGAAUCUUAAUUAGCAUAAGAAGCUAUAUUGAAAUUGGAAGAAGAAUAAGUGCAAAAUAUUUUAUAAUUCAUUAAUGAAUAUUAAGAAGAAGAAGUUGGGAAUCAUUAACCAUCUGAUCGAAAGUUGCUUGAUAAAAUAGAUGAGUUGGAGGAUGAGAAUUAAUAAUUAAAAUAAUUGCUAGAAAAGCAGGAUUAGCAAUAGGCUUAACAUUUUAACAAAAUUAAGUAAUAGGAACAAUUAUUAGUUUAAAAAGAAAAUGAAAUUUCUGAGUUAAAACUAUGUAAUAUUUAUGCCAUAUAUUUAGAACUGCAGAAAAAACAUUCAUAUAGAAGAGGAGUUUUAUCCAAGGAACUUUAAUAGAAAAACUAAAAUUACAAUUAACAACAAUCAAUAAAGACAAAAAAGAAAUUAUCAGAAUAAAACGAAAAUGUAUUUAUAGUUUCAAAACAAUUUAGGUUAUAGCAUAAAUUAUAAAAUUAUUCAAAUUUAGAAAAUAUCAAUCUACAAUUGUAGUAAGAACUAGCAUAAAGAUGCAAAUAAGAUAAAGUUAUAGAGGAAUUAAAAACAAAUAUUGAAAUACUAAAAUAGUAGAUGGAUUAAAAAGAUACAAAAAUUAGUAAGUUGUAGGAUUAAAUGAAACAAACUAAUUAAAAUUAAUAAAAAGAAUGCAGCAAAUUAGUAGAGUUGGAAAUGCAGAAUGAGUAAUUGAAAUAAGAAAUCGAAGAUACUUAGAGGAGUAAAAAUAAGGAAAUUCAUUAAUUGCAUCAAAAACUAAAUGAAUUGAAAAUAUAAGUAGAUACUAUUUAGACAGAGAGACAAGAAACCUAAAGAUCUUCAGUUCAUUAUCAAUAAAGUCCUAGAUGCUUGGAUUCUGAAUUUAAAACUUUGCUUAAUGAUAACAUAGGUGGCUAUUAUUCGGAAUAGACAAUUUAGGAGUUUUAAUUAUAAAUAUAACAAAAAGAGUAAUAGUUAUAAUAAAAGGAAAUUUUAUAUGAUUAAAAAAUUAAAACACUUGAGGCUAAAAUAAAUAAAGAGAAGGAUACUAAUAUAUAACAUAUACAAAUUACAUCUUAAUUAUAAGAAGAUAAUAAGAAAUUGAAAUUCGAACUUGAAAAAUUAAUUGAUACAAAUUAUUAAGUAAGUAGAAUUCAUGCAGAAAAACAAUAAAACAUGCUUCUAAUUUCAGUAAUUGAAUGCUUGAAUGAAAAAGUUAAUUAGUUACACACCUAAUCGAAGGAGCAUCUUAAAAGUGAUAAGAAAAUAUAACCACAAAUUUUAUCCAGAAAUUCAAUUUCUUUAUGGAGUGCUAAAUAAUGA